AUGGCAGCGCGGUCCCGGAGACCCUGGCUGAGCGUGGUACUGGGGCUAGUACUGGGUUUCACCGCCGCCUCCUGGCUUAUCGCUCCCAAAGUGGCCGAGCUGAGCGAGAAGCGGCGCGGCGCCAGCAUCUGCUCUUACUACGGCCGCUCGGCGGGGCCGGGAGCGGCCGGGGGCGCGGCGGCGCCGGGCGGGCAGCAGGCGCCGAAGGAGGCAGCGGUGGUGUUGGGCGGCACGAGUUUCAGGAGCAGCGCCGGGGAGCUGCCGCCGGCGGCGGCGGGCGGCACGGUUUCCAGCCCCUCAGCUGGCGGAGAAGGAGACCCAGAGGAAGAGGAGGAACGUAGCGAAAAGCGGAGCGGCCGACCCGGCGGUAGCCACAACGGGAGUGGGGAUUGGGGGGGCGCCCCGGGCUGCUCCAAGCCUCGCAACUUCCUUUAUGUGGGGGUGAUGACGGCACAGAAGUACCUGGGCAGCCGGGCGGUGGCUGCACAGCGAACGUGGGCAUCCUCAGUGCCGGGCCGCGUGGAAUUCUUCUCCAGCCAGGGCUCAGCCGCCCCGCCCGGGCUGCCUCCUCUGCCCGUCGUCGCCCUGCCCGGCGUGGAUGACUCCUAUCCGCCGCAGAAGAAGUCCUUCAUGAUGAUCAAGUAUAUGCACGACCACUACCUGGACAAGUACGAGUGGUUCAUGCGAGCGGACGACGACGUUUACAUUAAAGGUGAAAAAUUGGAAGAGUUUCUUCGCUCACUGAACAGCAGUAAACCUCUGUAUUUGGGGCAGACUGGUCUAGGUAAUAUUGAAGAACUUGGAAAACUUGGACUGGAGCCAGGAGAGAAUUUCUGCAUGGGAGGGCCAGGAAUGAUCUUCAGCCGGGAGGUUCUCAGGAGGAUGGUGCCACAUAUAGGUGAAUGCCUUCGAGAAAUGUACACCACGCAUGAGGAUGUGGAAGUGGGCAGGUGUGUCCGAAGGUUUGGAGGAACUCAGUGUGUUUGGUCAUAUGAGAUGCAGCAACUCUUCCAUGAAAACUAUGAACACAAUCGCAAGGGUUACAUUCAAGAUCUUCACAACAGUAAAAUUCACGCAGCCAUAACACUUCAUCCAAACAAAAGACCAGCCUACCAAUACCGGCUCCACAAUUACAUACUGAGUCGCAAAAUUUCUGAACUGCGCUAUCGGACCAUCCAGCUUCACAGAGAAAGUGCCCUGAUGAGCAAGCUGAGUAACAGUGAAAUCAAUAAGGAAGAUCAGCAACUGGGAGUGCUGCCGUCUUUCAAUCAUUUCCAGCCUCGUGAAAGGGAUGAAGUCAUUGAGUGGGAGUUCCUGACAGGAAAAUUUCUUUACUCAAUAGUGGAGAACCAACCACCCCGGCAGAGCCUGAGCAGUGUCCUACGAGCUGCACUGGAUGACACUGUGAUGCAGGUCAUGGAAAUGAUAAACGAGAACUCUAGAUCCAGAGGAAGGCUGAUUGAUUUCAAAGAAAUACAGUAUGGCUAUCGCAGGGUGGACCCUCUGCAUGGAGUGGAGUACAUCCUGGAUUUACUGCUUUUGUACAAAAGGCAUAAAGGAAGGAAGGUUACAGUUCCAGUGAGACGCCAUGCUUACCUUCAGCAACUAUUUAGCAAACCUUUUUUCAAAGAGACAGAGGAGCUGGAUGUAAGAAGCCUGCUGGAGGACACCAAAACUGACACCAAAUCUUUCCCUUUUCUUUCAAAUUCUUUAAAGAUUUUCCCCUCAUUGUUCCAAGGUACCAAAGACACUGGGGGACACAAUGACAAGAAAAUACAUAUUCUUGUCCCUCUCACAGGCAGAUUUGACGUUUUCUCAAGAUUUAUGGACAACUUUGAGAAGACUUGUCUGAUUCCCAGGCAGAAUGUAAAGCUGGCAAUAAUUCUCUUCAAUGCUGUAUCAGGCCAAGACUCCAACAAACACAUAGAGCUAAUGAAAGAAUACAGCAUUAGGUAUCCUAAGGCAGAUAUGACACUGAUUCCUAUGGCAGGACAGUUUUCUAGAGGUUUAGGUCUUGAAAUGGCCUCAUCUCGGUUUGACAAUGGCACUCUGCUGCUGUUCUGUGAUGUUGAUCUAGUAUUCACACCAGACUUUCUCCAGCGAUGCAGAGAUAACACCAUUCAGGGAGAACAGGCUUACUACCCUAUCAUCUUUAGCCAGUAUGAUCCAAAACUAAUAUAUGGAGGCAACCCUCCAGCUGACAGUAGUUUUGUUUUCACAAAAAGAACUGGAUUUUGGAGGGAGUAUGGAUUUGGAAUUACAUGUAUAUACAAAAGUGAUCUACUUGCUGCUGGUGGAUUUGAUACCUCAAUUCAAGGCUGGGGACUUGAGGAUGUAGACCUCUUUACUAAAGUGGUAACAUCUGGCUUGAAGGCUUUCAGAAGUCAAGAAGUAGGAGUUGUCCAUAUUUUUCAUCCAGUUCAGUGUGACCCCAAUUUAGAUCCAAAACAAUAUAAAAUGUGCUUAGGGUCCAAAGCAAGUACAUUUGCCUCUACCAUGCAGCUUGCUGAACUCUGGUUACAGAAACAUUUGGGUGUCAGGUACAAUCAAACUCUUUCCUGA